GGCUCUGGGAACCCAGAGCCUGAGGGCAGGUGCUUCACAGCAAGGAAUCAGACGCGAUGGGACCACUCCUCUUGUGCCUCUCGGGGCUCCUUGGGAGGGGAGCACUGGCAGCCUGGGCCACAGAUCCCAGGCACCAUGGGGGCUACCCACAGGAGGACUACAGCACCAGCCCCUCCCCUCCCAGGAGCCCCAGCCCUCCCAGAACUGGCGAGCAGGAGGCUGAACUCACCCUUCCCCUGCCUCUGAUUCCCCCUGACCAGGCUGACGAUGGACCCAAGGAUCCCUGGAGAAGAAAUUGGUGCCCCUACCAGCAAACCAGGCUGAUCACCUUUGUAGCCUCCUGCAAAACUGAGAAAUUCCUUGUCCAUUCUCAACAGCCCUGUCCUCUUGGGACUCCUGACUGUCAGAAGGUCAAAGUCAUGUACCGGCUCACCCUGAAGCCAGUAUAUCAUGUGAAACAGAAAGUCCACACCUCUGUGGUCUGGAAGUGUUGUCCCGGUUACAGUGGGUCUGACUGCAAACAUUACGCAGACCCUUCUGUGAUCCUGGAAAUAGAUGACCAGAGUGAAGGGAAGGAGGAUCCUUGGGAAGAGACCCUGCAACAUGAAACUGCCCCUCCUUCCAGAAAACCCAUAGAAUUCCGGAGAGCAAUUGAAGAACAAGAGAGCCUCUUGGAAGACCUUCAGAAUGACAUCCAUCAAGCAGCCAGCAGCCUCCUGGAUCUUCAGAAGUCCCUAGAAAGUAACGACACAGUGGAAGAGAUGAAGGCAAAUCGAACUGGACUCGGGUCUUCGGAUCAAUCCUUUCAGCCGGUCCUCCUACGCCAUAUGGAGACCUUCCUGAAAAAUCACUUCAGCCCCAUCUGGAGAAGCUUCAAUGAAAGCCUCCACAACCUGUCUCAUAUGGUAAGGAACCUGUCGCGUGAUGUGGAGGCCAAUCGUCAGAGCAUUGAGAGAUUGCAGGAGAUUGCUGUGCCCAAGACAGACUUCCAGGAGCUGGGCACCAAGUUUGAAUCCAAAGUCCAGGAAAACAUCCUAAAAGUCAAUCAGCUUCGGCACGACUUCAACAGUCAGCUGCAUGACCAGCAGCUUGCCUUGAACCACAACCUGUCUGUAGUCAGGGAAGACACUGAUUCGAAGGUGAAGAAGAUCCAGAAGGCCCAGGAAGUCCACCUACUUCUGACCAAUACCAGUACGGUAGGGUCCAAGGAAGAACAGGAGGACCUACAGCUCAGGCUAGGACUGCUGCAGAGCAACCUCUCUGAGCUAUCCUUUGCCUCUGGCAGGAGAGAAGAUGAAAUCUUGAGUGCCCUCAGGCAGCUCAAUGAGACCCUCAUCAAGCAUGAGGAAGAGAUCAAAGAGCUCUUCCUCGACUCUGAUGAGAACUUUGAGCUUGGCACCAGGCUUGAAGGGCAGAUAAGCACCUUGCGAAGCAAUAAGGCCAUGAUUGAGGAGCUCAGGGUCAUCUUAAUGGAGAAGUCCCUCAUCAUGGAGGAGAUCAAGGAAGACUUUGAGAGGCAGAUCCUAGACCUGAACUACACCCUCCAUCACCUCCAGGGGAGCCACUCGGACCUGAUGAAAUAUGUGAAGGACUGCAACUGUCAAAAGCUAUCCUUUGACCUGAGCCUUCUCCGGGAGGACCAGAGAAAUGCCACUCGUUUUCUGGAAGAAACCCACUUGACUCUGGAGGACCAGAAGAUGCUGGAGAGCUCUUCGGUCAAGGCUCUGCGCAAUGCUGUGGAGGACCUCGCCUUGUCUGUGGAUGCCCAGAAGGAGGAGAUGGCCCGGGCCAAGGUGAGCAGAGCCUUGCUCAAGGGCCAGGUGCAGGCCCUGGUCGGGGAGGUGGAUGGGCUGAAGCGAGUGGACAGGCACAUCUUCCAGGAAAUCCGCUACCUCAACAAUUCCUUUGGCUCUCUCCUGGAAGAUGCUUUGAGGCACCAGACUGUGCUGGCCGCCCUAUUUGGAGAAGAGAUGCUGGAGGAGAUAAUGGAAGAGGAAGAGGGCAGGUUGCCGGUGACCUACCUUCAAAUCGAAGAUGCCCUGGAUUCCACAUCGAACAGACUGAGAGAUCAAGCUGUGGACCUGAAGGCUCUCAGGGAGAGGGUAGAUGCACUGGAGAGGGUUGGCGAAGAUCGGCCACUGAACUCUGGGCAGGGCAAGGCAGGGGUUCUAAGCCGGGCAGAGCACCUGGAACCCAACCAUGAAGCCUCGGAUGGGGAUGGCCUCCAAGAACAUGACCUGGCCAGUCUGAAGAGCGAGAUCACGCAUCUGAGCUCACAGAUGGAGAAGUUUGAGUCCCAGAUAAGCCGUGACCAAGGGUGCUGCCAUCCUGGUGAGAUACUGCCCCUCAACCUGUCCUUGAAAAACCUCCAGAGUGACGUCAGGGCUGUGGAACUGGACCUGGCCCAGCAUCUCCAGCUGUUCCAGACCCUGUUUGGCAACUACAGAGAACUGGUGGCCACUAACGUCAGCCUGGAUCUGAGCAAGCUUCAGUCCGUCCUCAGCAAGAAGGGAAAGAAGCAACAGAGAGAACAGGAGUCUCACCGAAGGAGGGACAAGAAGCAAGUGGAAAAAUGGGGAGAUCAGCCAUUGCCUGGGAGUGGGAGGAGUGACCAGGCCCCCAAGCUCCUUGAGGAAGGACCCUCCGUGGCCUUCUAUGCUGGAUUUCCCCAAGGCACCCACAGCCUUCGCCAGCCCGUGAAGUUCAAUGCCACUUACCUGAACGUUGGGGAAUGCUACUCCCCAGAGCACGGCUUCUUCCGAGUCCCGGAGCGGGGGGUUUACCUGAUUGCUGUGAGCGCCGAGUUCAGCCCAGGGCUAGGCGAGGGCCAGCUAGUGCUUGGGGGUCGACUCAGGACGUCAGUUUCUAGCGGCUCGGAGGAGCCCAUGGCCGCCGGAAGAAGCACCGCAACCACCUUCGCGGUGGCUGAGCUGCAGAAGGGGGAGAGGGUGUGGUUCGAGCUCACGAAGGGCUCCCUGGCCAGGAGGAAUCCCAGUGGGACCGCGCUGGGCGGCUUCCUGCUGUUUAAGACUUGAACCCAGAGCCCCGACCUGAUUCCUCUACCCAAAGAGUCUAUAAAAGGCUGGACCGAGAUUUCUGUAGCACUUUUGUGUUGUCCCUAAUGCUCCCUGGAAGCCUUUAGCCAAAGUACAUUUGGUGCCCAAGCCUCAUGCUUUUCCUGAGGAUCAAACAAAACUCCCAGGGAGCCCAGAGUGCUCCCUCUGGCCUUGGGACUUGAGGCCGGAUAGCGUUGAAAGACUCUGCCUUCAGCACUGGGCAGGUCCAAACCUGGAGUUUGGCUGAAGCCUAAGGUGAGAGUUGAAGCACCUUGGUUUGGGGGGGGGGGCGGGGUAGGGUGUGCUACCCUUCACCCCCUCCAGAGUGACCCAGUACUUUGUGGGGCUCUCCACCUUUUCUGAGACUGGCAGCUUUUGUAGAACUCUUCAACCCUCUUCCUCCCCUUGGUUUCUUUUCCAUUCUUUUUCUACCUCUCCUGAGGGACACCCUGUGGAGAAAGACCCCAGCUGUACAGUCAAGCCAACCAGAAUUUAUUAAACAGAGGGCUAAGCUAUGAGGAUGAAAAGAAAGACAAAAACACUGUCUGCCCCAGGGAAGGCCAUGAUCUUAUGUUGGAAACAUCGAGGUAAACUAGGACACUUGACCUGCUCAAGAAAAUGGCAACUUCUCAGAAUGGAUGUGUUUUCCAACAAGAAGGCUCCAUUUGGGGCAGUUAGUAACUUCACCCCCAUGGGAGGCAAAGAGAAAAGCCGAUAUGACUAAACUUACGCACCCUGGAGCCGUAGCAUUUUGGAGUAAGAGGGGCCCUUAGAGAACAGCUAAUUCAAUCCUCUUACCUUAGGGAUGAGGAAGGUGGUAAGAAAUUUCUGUUUCUGAGCAUGAAGAAAACUAGGGUGUUUCUCUUGGCACCUGGAAUCCACUGAGUUCAUUCAAAAUUUCCCUUUUAUUGCUAAAUACCUCCCAUCUCUCACCCCUUUACCCUUCAGUUUUAGAAUCCUUAAAAACGAAGAAUUCUGAAGAAUUUUUUUUAAUUUAAAAAUGAAAACAAUGUUUUCCUUAUUUUCUCACAGGUUUGUAGAUUGCUAAAACUAUAACUAGGAUGUGAUGACCAAAGCUUUGCCCGUGGACAGAGAAAUUAUGGGGGGGGGGGUAUUGAAAUCUCUUUCUAUCCUUUAGCUAUAAAGAAAUACUAACACCUAGUUAGUAAGAAGAAUUCAUUAUGUAGGAAGCUACCAAAUCACUGCUUUCUUUCCCUGGUGCCUUCACCCCAGGUGAAGCCAGGUCCUGCCCUAUUUCUUCACAUUCCCCCAUCCUAAUGCAGAAGUCCCUCCCCACCUUGAACCCACCCACCCACCCAGCACGGCUGUAGUGGUGUAGCAGGAUUUCUGCUUCUGCUGCUUCUCCUCAAUGGUUCAAGGGCAACUUGUCCUAAAUUAAAAAAAAAAAUCAGUUACCGUUCUCCUGUUAAAGAUCCAAGAGAUUUCUGAUAGCAUCGUUUUUGAUAGAGGAAUAAACUGAGGGUUGGCAAAAAAAGAGCUUGCCCGAGGUCAUUUAGCUUACUAGCAAGAAGAUGACCUUGAACUCAUGUCUUUUGACUCCAACAUCAGUGUUGGUUUUUCCCCCACUACCCUCCAGCGCACCUCUGCUCCAUCUUCUUCACCUUUGAUCACCCCCAACUUUGAAUGACUUUGGUAUUCAUGAGCACCUCUAUCUACAGUAAAGGAUGAGAAAGGAAAAAGAAUCAAAGCUCAAAAAUAAAGGUAUCUUUCAGUUACGAUCAUUUGAAAUAAAACUCUGUCCUUCA